AUGAAAACUAAAAGGCACAUUCAACAUCAUCUAUUUGAUUCAAAUAUAUUGGAAUAAUAUAAAACUAAUAAAAACGGAUUUUUUUCUAUUGUACUUACAUUCCUACUUAUUCUUGGGAGCUAAGCUGCUGAUUUUGAUUAGUAGGUAGAGGAGUUAUAGAACUCCAACUUUGGUUAAACAAUAUUACAAACCAUUUUGAUGGAAUUGCAAACCGGCGAUCCUGUAGUCUCUAAUCUUAUAGAUAUGGUUUAAGGUUUAGAAACUACCCUUGAGAAUGAAUAAGAAAGGGAUGAUAAAAGGAUAGCUAGAAUUACCUAAAAUUGUGACAUUGAUAUAAAUACUUUAAAAGAUCAAAUUAAUUAGAAUACUGUCAAUUCUUUAACUCUUAAGAGUGAAUUAGACAGCUUAAAUCCUUAGAAAGUGUCAGCAGUAGCUAGUCUAGAAAGAAAAAAUAAUGAAAUUAAUGAUCUAAAAGCAGAACUCAAUUAUCAAACUCAUAAAAGAGAGACAGAAACCAUUACAUAUUAAGUUAUAUUAGAUAAUUUGGAAUAAGCAUUAUUUGGUGUUAAUCAAGUUAAAGGAUAUUUCAAUAGUUAUUUAGACGUACUUGUCAAAAAUAGAAAAAGAUUUGACAAACCUGAACCUUCAUUCUUGUAAGAAACAUACAGUUUCAAAUAUGAUUAAUCUGAAGUUGAUGACGCAGAAGAUUAAGGCUAAUAAUUUACAUCAUUCACUUAAGUAGCCGCUAAAGUCAAUAAAUUGAAGCAUCAUGUACAUUUAGAAGGAUACAGAGCCAUGCUUGAAAUGAUGAGUCGUUUAGCCGCCAAAGCUUAAGAUGAACCUUCUUAAGCAGAAGUUUUGACUAGAAAAGUCUUAUCAAUCUUAAAAUAAAUUGAGAAUUAUAUUUAAUCCGAAAGAAUUAGAGAAGAUUAAGCAGAAGCACUCAGAUCUGGCAAUUUUGAUUUACUCUAAACCCUAUUGUCUGAUUAAUUAGUCUAAGCUAGUUAAGAUAGAACAUAUAUGGAAGGACUUGUCGAAUCAUUAUCAACUAGAAUUUAAUAAGCAUCAAAUGAAAAGUUUGAAGUUGAUUCAAAAAUUGUUGCCAAAACUCGAGAAUUGGAUAAUCGAGAAACAGAUUGCAGACUUAAAAAAAAUGAAUAUGAUACUGACACAGCCAACAGAAUUAAAUAAAAGAGGGUUGUAGCAGUUGCAGUUGAUCUAAUCUCCUCAAAGUUAGGACAACUUAAGAGAAAAUUGCUUGCUAAUUGAAAUUGAAUUAAUUAUGAUAGCAAUUAAUAACAGAUAAUUUAUAAUUUC